AUGACGGAGAGCGUGCGGCGCAGGCGCUUGCUCGAAUCCUGGAUCGGAGGGAUCAUCCGUUGCCGGAGCCGCUCCCGCUCCCCACGGACAUGGCGAUCGGUGCGCGCUGGCAAAGUCAGCUGGACCUACGAGACGGUGGUCAUUCUGGCUGCAAUGACUUACGAGCACCUCCCGGCCGAGAUGAUGCUGCUGCUGCAAAGCCCCUCCUGGCGAGGAGGGAAGGUGAUCAAGCUCACGAGUGAGCUUGCGCGACCCACUGUGGCAGAGAUCAGCCUGCACUACAGGUGGCUAAAACCCUGGGCGACGAUGAUGCCCAGCGUGGUACCAUCCGGCUACUUCAUAACAGACGUCUUCUUGGUACUCAACCGCCUAUUGGAGGGGAAGUUGCUGGUGGUGCGAGACAACGAGUCAAUUCGAGGAAAGGCCGCCGAGGAAGCUUGCCGACUUCGCAAGCUGAUACAGGGCUUGCGCUACUUGUUCAGAAGCAGCGACUUGGUCGCGAAUUAUGUCUGCAAGCGCAGCAGAUACGAGAGAGUGGACGAUUUGAAGAAGGGCCUCAGGGUCAAGGAUCCGAAGAAGAAGGAAAAGAUGAAGGGCGACGCGCAGGCGAUCGCCGACACCGAAGAGCCGGCGCCGAUCGCCGACACCAAAGAUCCGGCACCGAUUGCCGACGCCGAAGAGCCGACACCGAUUGCCGACGAGGAAGAGCCCCGGCUUUCGCAAGCCUCGACACGACAGCUUGGAGAUCGUUCGGAAGAUGAGGAUUUCUCGGACAAGGACUCCAUGAUGCUCCUGGCGGAGCUUACCUCCGAGGAGGAGUGCAGCGAUGGUGAUGAUCCGAUGGAUCUGAAGCUCGAGGAGCUUCAGGCCAAUAUGUUUGAUGACCCGGACCGCGACAGGAGGGCCUCCUAUGCUGGAGCGUCGGACAUUCCGACGCCACCGUCCUCGCCAUCGAUGACCGAGGAGGAUAUGAAGAUGAUUGCCUCUGGGAAGAAGCUGCCAGAGGAUGAUGCAACCGACCUCGAAAAGGCCGAGGGGAUCCAUGCCAUGGACUCGAGCUCCGAGAAGCCCGAGGAGUCAAGUGGUGACUCGAAGAACUUGAAGAGGAACAAGAAGCCUUCCCGAAAGAAGGGCCACCCGAAGAAGAUCGGCCCAUCAGAGAAGGACAGCGGCAUCGGCGUGCCGAAGGGCCCGUGUCUGGAUUCGGCAGAGGAGGACAGCGACAGCGACGUUCAGGGCCCCGGGACGUCAUCUGGUGAGAAGGAUGUGGGAAGCGGCAGCGAAGUGGAGCCGAAGAAGUUGGGCCCAUUUGUCGGCCCAUGUCUGGACUCCGAGGAGGAUUCGGCAAGUGACAGCGACAUCGACCCGAAGAAGAGAAAGAAGCAGGGCCCACUGGAGUCGCGAGAGGGGAAGGAUUGCUCAAGUGACAGCGACAUCAAGCCGAAGAAGAAGAAGCAGGGCCCACUGGAAAGCCUAGAGGAGGAUUGCCCAAGCGACACCGAGAAGAUCAAGGCCCUACUGGACUCGCUAGACGAGGAUUUGCCAAGCGACAGCGACAUCGAGGCGAAGAAGAUCAAGGGCCAACAGGAUGGGCCAAGCGACAGCGACAGCGAGCCGAAGAAGAAGAAGCAGGGCUCAGUGAAAUUGGAAGACUUCUCGUCGCCGGAGAAGGAUCUGCCAAGCGACUUCGACAGCCCUGUGAAUCCCCCUUGGUGCCACGAAACUGUCUUGGACGGAGAGGCCAGCUAG